AAGCGAAAGUAAAACACAGCUGCUCCCGUUCCACCGAAACAAGGCGACUAACCGGUGACCCGCAGUGCCCAGUGGCGCACACGCAUCAGCCGCGCCCCUGGGCACGGAGGCUGCAGCGGCAGCUGAAGGGAUAUCCCUACACCCGCAACCUCUGCGCCUUGCGCGAGCCCUGCUCCGGCCUCACCCUUCCCGCUUGUGCAAGCGAGUACAGCGCCCUGCUCCAUGGAGAUCCCCCCGGCCCACUACCCCGCGACGAGAGCGGCCGCCGUAGCGGUGAACUACAUCAACUACCAGCACGGCAGCCCCAGCAAGAUUUUUAUGGUGCAGAAGGUGACCAAAGCCAGCAGGGAGGACAUUCCUGAUGUUGGGCACAAAUACCACCUUACAUUUUCAAUAGAAGAUCUCCUCCUCAAGGACAACGCCAUUAACUGCACUGCUGAAAUUCUUUGUCAUGUGGGCAAUCAACAUACUGCACCACAAGUGCAUUUUACAGUGGAAGGAGAACUUGGGAAGAACACAGAUGAAGCAGAUAACAAAUUUUACAAUAGAAUCAAGAGCCUUCAAGAACCGUUGGUUGCACAAAAUAUUCCAGACAAUUAUGGCAACAUAUCACCAGAAAUGGAGCCCAUCAGCCAUCUAGCUCGGAUGGCCUGUGGUUAUAUAAUAUGGCAGAACUCAACUGAAAACACGUUGUACAAUUUGGUUCAAAUCAGAGAUGUCAGGCAGGUGAAAAGAAACGAUGAUUACUUGGAAUUUGACUACACAGUCCUACUUCAUGAUAUUGUGUCACAGGAAAUUAUUCCUUGGCAAAUGCAAGUUCUUUGGCAUCCACAGCAUGGAAUUAAAGUAAUAAAGAACAGCUGUCAGCCAAAACAUGCAGAGCAGGACUAGAAGCAUAUCCAGUAUGGCAAUAAUAGAUGCUCAGAAGUGAUGGUGAUGGAGAAGUCAUAUAAGCAGACAGCUGUAUAGAUAGACUAAGAGAUGAACAAUAGCCUCACUCACUCAGUGAAACCCUCUAUUCCUACCAUGUGUAUUUACUUCAUGCCCAAACAAAUCAAAAUAAAUGUUAUGUAUUUCUUCUCUAUAGUGUAAAUGUUGUGAUGAAGGUAUAAUAAAAUGUCUCAGUGCUUGGCUAA